AUGAUGCUUGAGAAGCUGCCGGUCGAGCUGGUGCGGCGAAUCUUCGAAUUUGUUCUGGACGAUGACGACCUGCAGAAUCUCACGGCUCUCCUUGGAGUCAACACCAUUUUCGAAGCAGAAACGAGCAAGCUUUAUGAAAGCAAGAUUCGACAUGUCAGGCCCGAGGCUACUUACUGGGCGCGCAUACCCUGCCCUGUCCGACGUCGCAUGGCUCGUGACAUUAUCAUGAGCCAUUCAGAGUCGAGCUCCAAACGAACAAUCGCGACCUAUAUGCAUUCUGUUGCAUCUUACCUCUUGCGCCUCUCCCAUGAAUUCGACGCCAAUAAUGCCGGACUCAACCAUACACAAUGGUGGUACAAAGUAAUUUCAGUCCUCGCAUCGUCGGAAGCAGACUGUCGGUGUGGCAAACCGGCAUUCCUGCAUUUGACGUGUCACAGCCUGUGGUCUGUGUCUGAUACUGCGUUUCAUGUCGUGAUCUUGGAGAGACAUACAAGGCUUGAGAUUGCUAUGAUAGAACGAGGGAAAGGCGCCGAAAGCACGUGUCCUUAUCUCAAGGUAUCUAAGAAAGAUCCAACAUUCGCACGACGAAAUGCGCUAGAGUGGGCGUGCUCACAGCAACUUGAGGAUACUGUCCAUCGUCUGGUAUUCGCAGCCGAGAAGGCGAUGAAGAGGCCCGAACAGUACCUGCCAACAGCUACAGCAAUCUGUGCAGCGACACACCAACCACAUCGCGGCGAUACCCCGCUCCUGUGCUUCUUACUCGACCGUCUGUCCAUCACAUCUUGGAAACGAAACUCUUCCGGUCCAAUGUUCACCUACCAGUCACGCCUUGUCUCCUUCAAAGAAUGGAAUCGGCGCGUUCUCAGCACACUCGCACAACACAAAGCCCGCAACACGCAAACUGCUAUCCUCAUCAUGCGUACAUAUUACCCUUAUCUCGAGUUCGGCAACACGUUGAACUUAAUAUCCAAGAAUCUUGGCCGUCAGGAUUUCGGACGCAGGAUAAUAGCCGGACAGCGCCCGUUUUGCCGUUUCGCGAGAGAGCGUCCAGAUGACUAUAUAAACGCCUUCGGCCCAGAUGCCGAGUGGAUACGGCAUUGGCAUCUGACGAUUUGCAAUGCAGAUACAUGUUUGCGCCAACCCAAUAGAGCAUGUCCGCGGUGCGGACUAUGUGGACGGCGCCAUGCUGCCGACGCGAAUUGGCGCAAUGGGUACGGUCGGGAUGGUUCUCCGUUGUCAGCAGGAACGUUCGAAGAUAUUGUCGCGGUCACGGUCGGUGAGCGGGAACGGGGAUCGGAGCAAACCACGCCUGAUCCGGACCUUUUCCGAUGGAGCAGCGCCACUUAUUUGCCAUCGCCGGAACAUCACAACGGGCCCAAGUCUUGUGGUGGAGACGACUGA